UGAAAUCAAGGCCAUUAAUGGUUAUCCUCGCGCUAUCACGGUCGUUCAUUAAUUUUUCUCAUGCGGAGGCGCGACUGGCAUCCACGGCUAUGGCGAUGUCGGUGGCGAGGAACGGGCUGCGAGCGCUUCUCCGCGGCGGGGUGAGGCGGAGCGACGCCGUUGCCGGCAAGAGGAGCUUCUCCGCCUCUGCCCACCAGGAUGACGUCGUUGAGAUGGAGAAAUGGGAGAAGAUAACGUAUGUCGGAAUCAUCACCUAUACCGUCCUCUCGAUCUAUAACCUCUCCAGGGAUCACCCCCACCAUCCCGGAGCCCCGCCUUUCGAAUAUUUGCACGUCCGUCACAAGGGGUUCCGCUGGGUGCAGGGAGCAUGUCAUUGUUUUCUUAUGCAGUCGUGCAUGUCCAAUUCACCUUGUCCUGAUGGUCUCUUUGAGAAGAAGCAUGCUGAACAUUAGAGCACCAAUUCGGUGGUUUUCUGAAUUUCACUUGGAAUAUUUUCAAGUUGACAGUGAAAACUUGGACCGGUUGCUCAAAGCAACCAUGCCUUUUGAUUUGAAAAAGAAAUCUAGUAAUCUUGUUGAACCUUCUUUUUUGUGAGAAAAUUAUUUCACUCCAGUGUGGUGGGUGAUUUUUAUUCCACCCAUCUUUCUUAAAGAUUUACACCCGUUGUUCUGAUCUGUAGAAAAUUGCCACAGCUGUGCAAUGUUGAGCUGUGCUUGGCUUAUGAUCUACUCAACCUCACUAAAAAAGGAAGCAGUUAAUAACAUUCAGUCAUGUUAAUAAAUGUGUUUCUCCAUUUUG